UUUCCCGCCAUCACUGCACCCUCUCUCAAUAAGCGCCCAACUCACUUUUUCUGUCUUUGUGAAAGGCAUGGUCAGAAACGUGUCCAACAAGUUCGACUUGCCCGACAAUCCAGAAUAUCUUGACUUCCCCCGCAGCGACGGUGACUCGAGCCGUUGGCCUCCACAUGAGCAGACCGUGCGCGUUGUGGGCGAGGAUGGGCAUGUGGACUAUAUGCAGUAUACGCCUAUAGAUGCGGGCGUGUGUGUCAGAUGGCGGUUCGUUGCUGGUCAGGCCGUCGCUCGCUACUUGGGCUUGCCUGAGGGCAAGAACUAUGUGCUCAGAGACUGGCCAGCUGGAUAUCGAAUGUAUGACCACCACAAAGGGCCAGAACACGGCCCGAGGCACGACAUGUACCUCUUUGGUGGGCGAAGAGGCCCUUUCUCUUUUGUGCAGACCGCUCAUCGAAGAGCAGGCUCAACCAGCCGCUACCGCUCCAUCAACGAGUUCAUCCCCCAUGCGCACUGGCUCAUGUCCGACCCGACGAUGAACACCGCGAACUGCAUCUGCAAGUACUGCCAGCGCACGCCCCAGCGGCUCAUCACGCAGACGAUGACCCAGGCGAACGUGCUGCCCGCGCGCGGGAGCGGCGGGAUGUACGCGGGGAAGCCCAAGGUCGCGCGCCUGCGCAACAUGCCCCAGAAGCCCGCGGCGGCGACGCGGCUGCACGUCAGCGUCCAACGCCCGCUCAAGCCGCUGCGCCCGAGCUCGGGCGUGGACCGCACGCCGAUGAACCAGGAUAGGAACCACGACCUGCGCGUGCUGCACGCUAGCGCGCACCGGCGGUUCAAGCGCUGGUUCCGGGACGGGGAGAUCGUCUGGGGCGCGCUGAGGACGCCCAUAGCCGGAGAGGGACCCCCGAUAUCCACCUGGCCGUGCAUCGUCGAAGACUGCAACCUCCAUACGAGUACUAGACCCCGCACGGCGGAGGAUCCGCCAGGCCCCGUCCCCUGGAUCAGCGAGCAGUCCGUGCGCUACCGCCUCCGCUGCCUCGCCGUCUCGCACAUCCUCUUCGUCAACGAGGACGGCGUGCUCCCCUACCUCGCCCACGGCGCCGACGGCGUCAUGGACUGGGCCCGCACGCAGCCGCGCGACCGCUUCAAGUUCGACGAGGACACCUUGUACAGCGUCAACCCCUCCCCCGCGCCCGACGCCGCGGACGCGCCGCCGCCGGACUACAUCGACGCCGUGUCCGCGUACAUAUUCGCCGUGCAGAUCGCGGGCGAGCACUCGUACUUCUGGACGCCCACGGACGAGUGGGAGUUCCGCUAUCACGCGCCCGCGCACCGUUCGGGCUCGGGCUCGCGCGACAAGUCGAAGGAGCGAGGCGCGUCCGCGCCGGGGAGCCUGCAGGCCGCGCUGAAUGCCGCCGCCGCGAACAACGAGCGCGUCGAGCGCGAGACCUCGCGCGCGCCGUCGCAGGACGCCGCGGGGGUGGAGCCCGACAUGCCCGCGGACGAGCUCGACGAGGUGCGCACCCGCAUCCUCGGCGACGAGCGCCCCGGGAAGGCGCACACCCAGGUGCGCUACCAGGGCCUCUGGUGGGGCCCCGAGCGGAUCUGGGUCGACGACCUCGUGCGGCUCAAGGUGCCCCGGCAGGCCCUCGCGCCGCACGGCGCGCCGCAUAUUUACGCGCCCGCGCCGCCGUCCGCGCACGUCGUGGAGAUCGCGCGCGCGCGGAACGUGCCGCUGCCGCCGGAGCAGAUGGGCGCGAUCGCGCGCUCGGUGUUCAUGCGGCUCUCGGCGCUGGUCGUGGUGGAGUACGAGCGCGGGGGGAAGAGGACGAAGGAGUGCCGGGCGGUGGGGGAGCUGUACGAGCUGGCGGAUGAGGGGUAUGAGGAGCCGGAGCCUGCGCUGCGCGCGCAGGAGAAGGUGCCGGAGUCGGGAUCGCAGCAGCCACCCCAGGCGGCCACCUCCCAAGCAGGCCCAUCGCAAGCAGGCCCAUCACAAGCAAACCCACCCAACGCAGACCCCCCAUCCAACGCCACCGCCAAACCCGCCCCCGGCGACGUCCUCUCCGGCCCCCUCUGGAACGACCGCUUCCCCCUCCCCCCGCCGCCCGCCGCCUACCGCUGGCGCCGCAUCACGCACCCCGGCUUCGAGGCCGUCGUGUCCCUCCCCGUGCUCAGCGGCCGCUACUACCCCGGCAUCCUCCAGCACCCCCUCCUGCGGGACGAGAUGGAGCGGGUGAUGAGCGAGAUGGACGCGGCGUCGCCGCUGUUGGAGCUGGAGGGCCUGACGAGCGCGUUCUCGUGCGCGCUGGAGCCGUUUAAGUUCAAGCAGGUGAGGGAGCAGCAGUUGGUGGCGGCGGAUCAGGUGGCGAGGGAGGUGUUGGCGAGUUAUGGAGAGGAGGAGGAAGAAGAGGAGGAAGGGAAUGCGAUGGAGGUUGAUGAGGUAGGGGAUGUGGAGAUGGGGGACGCUGGGCCAUGACACUGUAGCCCCCUUGCGUAUGUAUCUUUGACAUCUUGCACGGCCUUCUUGCUUGCGAAUAUUCUGACUGGAGAGAGAUUGUCUAUCCUCAAGCCGACUUCCCGGACAUGCGCUCCAUGGUGCAAACUCGAGAAUGAAGAUAGGAUAAUCGCGAGGUAUCAUCAUGACGCAUAUCUGCGGUACAAAAUAGUGUUACACAGUACAAUAGUAAACCCGAAGCAAGAGAGAUACGUAGACACAUGGACGGACCAACCCAGAGAUCAUGUCCGAGUCGCGACGAGGUCAACGAAGGCCUGGCGCACCGAGAUGAUGAAGCCGUAGAUAUCCUGCGUCUUAUUUAGCCGGUCUAGGAGUAUAGGCAGGGUGGGUAAUGGCGGGGUGGAGGUGGGG